AAAUGUUCUUAUACUAUGUUCCAGAGGAUGAGGAAGCUGUGGUGUGCAGCAGUGUUGGUGGUGACGCUGGUGAGUGUGGUGAGGCCUCAGUGUAUCUCCAACAAUGACAAGCUGGUGGUGACCUCCCCACCUGACCUGGCCCACAUCACCCCCUUCAGCUUGGACCUCUUCAAGCAGCUCUAUCCACCCACCGCCACAGGAAACUUUUUCUUCUCGCCAUACAGCGUGUGGACCGCCCUGGUCCUGGCCUACUUUGGGUCUGCUGGCAGGACUCGUCAGCAGCUGCAGGACACCCUUCGUCUCAGAGACCCUUCAACCACUCUGGCUACCUACAGGGCCCUCGACCGUCUAACCGCAGAGAGACAGAGCAACACGAGUGACUAUGUGAUAGACUUGGCCAACAAAGUGUAUGUGAAGAACAACAUCCCUCUUCGGGACUGCAUCAGAGAUGUCCUUAAGAAAGAGGUGGAGAAUAUCGACUUCUCACAGGCGGCCAAAGCAGCUGCGACAAUCAACCAGUUCGUGAACAAAACAACGCGAGGCAAGAUCCCAACUGUGGUGACAGAGAGAGACUUGGCCAGGACACGGAUGGCGCUGGUCAACGCCGUCUACUUCAAAGGUUUCUGGUUGAGUCAAUUCAACCUAACCCAAACAACCAAGCAGAAGUUCUUCACCACCCCGAGCCAACACAGCCUUGUUGACAUGAUGACCCAACUUCAAAAAUUCAGAUUUGGAGUCUCGAGUGAGCUGGGAGCGACAGUGUUAGAGAUGCCGUACAAGGGGAAGGCGGCGUCCAUGUUGGUGUUGCUGCCUGACAACACCCCCGGCGGCGCCCCUGGCAGGACCUCCACGCCCCUGGCCGCCCCUGGCAACUCCGCCACGCCCCUGGACGCCAUGCUGCGGCGCCUCUCCCACGACACCCUCCGCCACGCCCUCACCAACCUGAGAGAGGAGAAAGUACAUCUUCACUUCCCAAGGUUCAAACUGGAGCAGACAAUCACUGAGGAACUUAAGGCGGCCCUAGAAGCUCUGGGGAUCGAAGACCUGUUCUCGAACCGCAGUGAUCUCACCAACUAUGUCCGGGGCACCAACCUGAGUGUGGACGCUGUCAUCCACAAGGCCGUGGUGGAGGUGAACGAGGAAGGCUCCGAGGCUGCUGCUGCCACAGUCCUCUUGCUCGGUCGUGGCCCUGGACCCAGAGUGUUCAGAUGUGACCGCCCCUUCGUCUUCUUCAUCAGGGACAACCACACUAACACCAUACUCUUCAUGGGCGUCUACAAGAAGCCCUAACACCAUACUCUUCAAGGGCAUCUACAAGAAGCCCUAACACCAUACUCUUCAUGGGCGUCUACUGGAAGCCCUAACACCAUACUCUUCACGGGCGUCUACAAGAAGCCCUAACACCAUACUCUUCAUGGGCGUCUACUGGAAGCCCUAACACCAUACUCUUCAUGGGCGUCUACUGGAAGCCCUAACACCAGAGACCUAAACUUUGAUGUCAAGGAAUUAUGAACAACUCGCAAACUUAAGUUUCAGACGUGUUGCUUGAAGAAGUGAAGGAUGACGUCUCUUCACAGCAACCGUCAUAGACAACACAUAUAUAUACACACACACACACAUUUAUACCUGCCUCACACAUAUUACUCACAUUCACACUCUCGUAGGUGUAUACUUCCUCUUUCUCUCAUAAUACAUACAUGCACAUGUAUACAUCCUCUCUCUACUACAACACUUACUUGUGUCAACACUUACAAGUGUCAACACUCACUUAUGUGAACUCUAGUUAGUGUAAACAUUAGUUGUGACAAACAUUAGUUAGUGUAAACACUAGCUGUGAUAAACACUAGUUAGUGUAAACAAUAGCUGUGAUAAACACUAGUUAGUGUAAACACUAGCUGUGAUAACCUCUAGUUAGUGUAAACACUAGCUGUGAUAAACACUAGUUAGUGUAAACACUAGCUGUGAUAACCUCUAGUUAGUGUAAACAAUAGCUGUGAUAAACACUAGUUAGUGUAAACAAUAGCUCGAGUAAACACUCGUAUGUGUAACAGUUAACCGGUGAAGAAGUUCAUCUUAGUUAACGUUCACUUAUUGUUGUCCUCGAGUUUCAUGUUUAAUAAAGUAUUGUCACAAGUUA